AUGCCGGUUUCAGACUGCGAUAUUCCUUUGUUAGCUUCGGUUUCUGAGACGUGCAUGAAGCUUCUUGACGCCGAAUAUGAGGUCACAUCAAGAACAGAUUUUGCUCAGAAAUGCAUCUUUCAAAAGGGAUCGAGUGCAACUUCGAGGAGGUUCCAACCCUCCUUGUGGGAAUCCCGUGAGUUGCCAAGCAGUGAGCAACCGGCAUAUAAAGCGUGGAGAUGGACCUCGAGAGUCAGUCUCAUCCUGCCGCUAAUACUCCUUGCACCUCGUCAGAGCAAUGAUGAACCGCAGCGUGCUCCUUCUCCUCCUAGUGGCCCUGGCCUUCUCUGCCGUGGCGCUGGCCAACCCGCUGCCCGAUGCCAAUGCCAAGGCCCACUUCCCCUUUUAUUGGGGUGGUUACGGACACGGGUAUGGGCACGGGUAUGGGCACGGCUACGGGCACUAUGGCAUCCCUGUCUACCAUCAUUUCGGAUAAUUUGUAAAGAUUGGGAGAUAGAGUUUUUCUUCAACUUCUUGAUGGACGUCUUCAGCAAAAUCAUAUUUUUGCCUCUUUCUCGCCAGUGGGUGAACCUUCGAAGAAACCGAAAUCCCCUUUGUCAAAAAAUCCUGAGAAUUCUUACUCUGUAGUUCCCCUCACUCCGCCAUGUAUCGAACGUUUUCCAAAACUGUCUGAUAAAUUCGAUAUAACAUUA